AUGGCGGCGAUGCCGACGAACACGGCAAUGGGAACGGCGCCAGGCAAGGGCGGGAGGGCUGCUGUCCAGGCCCGUAGCCCGUCUGGUAGCCCGUUGCCAAGCAUCGAGCUUGACGAAGCCACUAUCGCCCUCAUAAAGGAGAACGAGCAGAUGCUCCAGGCCAUCACGACGCUGCAGCACGAACUCGACAAGCAGCAGGUGCGCCUCAACGAGGCCGAGGCGGCGCGGGCAAGUCUCUCCGACGAGGUCGCCGAGCUGCGUAGUCAGCUUGGUCUGGCGACGAGCGAGGCAACCACAUCGACAGGAAAGGUGCUCAACUACAAGACAGCGUUCACCGACCUGCAGCACGCCUUUGAUCAGCUCAAGAGGGACUCGGACGCCACGAAGGAGAAGCUCGAGGAGGCCACGAAGCGUGAGAGGGUGCUGAUGCAGAAUGCCUCCAACACGGCGCGGCAGCAGAGCCAGAUGAAGGAGUCCUUCGACGUGGUGACGCUCGCCUUGAGGAUGCCCAACUCCUUCCUCGCCUCCAUUCAGCGCAUCAUGGAGAAGUUAAACGACCCGGCACUGCGCCCGGCAGACCGGAAACGCAAGCUGAAGGACGACAUUGAUCGACUCCAGGCGCAGGUGGCAGCGUACGAGCCGCACACGUCGUCAUCGGCGGUGGCGUCGGCGGAUUGCACGCCGAGCGUGGACAUCCCAAUCCGGCAGUGUGUGCACGCCUUCUUGUCUGUAACCAUGACGCUCCUGAAGAGCGAAGUAGACAAGUAG